AUGGCAACAAUCCACGGCGCAAAUGUACAGCAAAAUCCCGUCGCCCCGCAACAGGGCUCAAACCAUGCGGAGAGGCUCAACAUAUGGCUCGCGGACCUGGAGUCCAUACGGCGGGAGCGGCCAGUUGUCAGUCCCACCUUGUUCAUGGCGCAAAGGGUAGAAGUCGCGGCACCACCCGCAACGAGGCAAGGGGCAGCCUGGUCCGCCAGCCAAGGGGACACCACGGCGACGAGCGCCGCCCAGGCUGGCCCCGAGGUGGUGGUGGUGGUGGUGGUGGACGACGAUGACGACGUACAAGCUGAGCCGGCGGCGGCCGUGCGGAGGUUCUACGGGCAGCAGGGAGUCCAGCCAGACGAAGCCGACGGGAUGAUGCGUUAUCAGGACCAAAGCCUGGCGCGCCAGAACAAGUAUCCCUCUCGCCAGAACGGCCUCGGGUUCGACAUGGCCCGUCUGAGGCGCGACAAGGCGUGGGCGGACCCCAUAAGGACACUGCAGGACGUCCAGCCGUCCUGGGACCACGGCAUGUUCAUGCGCAACCCGCCGCUGGGCUUCGAGGAGGCUGUGAGCCGGAACUGGACCCAGGAUAGCUCCCCAACCUCCCUCCUCUUCGGGUUCCCCAUGCUCGGGAACGUAGUUUUAUACCGCGCGAUGAACUAUGGCGGCGCCCGGUCGGCCUGCUUCUUCAAGGCCCUGGCGUACCUCGUGUACGGCGACCAGUCGCUCUACCAGCGGGUCCAGGCCGAGCACCUGCAGCACUACAGCGACGUGCUGGAGUGGGAGGACCACCCACGGCACCAGCUGUACACAAUGUUGAACCAGAAGUUCUACAGCACCACCAUCUCGACAGACAACACAAGCUCGGCACUCAACAGCGAAGUGGCGACGCUGGCGAACUUCUUCCAGCUGCUCUCGAUCCCGCAGGCCUGGAUGCCGCUGGAUAUGCUCGACGUUACUGCGGACCUCUAUAAUCUCUUUAUCGUCGUAUAUACGAUCAACGAGUCCUCGACCCGGACGCACCCGCUGGUAACCGAGGUCAACGUCAAGGGAUCCUACAAUGCCAGGCAUGUCUUCCUACUCUUCAACGGCUUUCACUACCAGCCGAUGGUCCCCAACGAGUUCUUGGCCUCGGAAUUCACUUUCCCCAGGGUCACGUACGAAAACGUCAAAGGGCUUCCGUGGUCGCGUGACACAGACCAAGGCAAAAGUUCGGUCGAUCUGAGAUGGAGGAUUACGUGGGGCGCGAACUUGGACAGGCGGAAGGGCGCGCUGCCAGUCGAUCAUGUCUUCUAUAGGGAGUCGCUCAGGAUCGCGAUGACGGGCAGUUAUUCGCAGCAGUAA